AUGCAACAAACCGCAAGCCUCAGCCUCCUCACUCUCCUAUCCGCCCUCUCAACGACCCAAGCAGUUCCCACGACUUCCUGUCCCCCAAUCCACAUUUUCGGCGCACGUGAAACGACGGCGAAACCGGGCUUUGGUCUCGCAGGCGCUUUCAUCACGGAUAUAAUCGACGCCUUCCCAGACGCUACGACCGAAGCAAUCUCCUAUCCAGCGAAUGGAAACGCAGGCUUGACGGAUUCGACGUAUAAAACUUCUGUACGGUAUGGAGUUGGGAAUGCCACGCAGCAGAUCAAGGCGUUUGCGGGAAAGUGUCCUGAUGCUAUGAUUGUGUUGGUUGGGUAUUCGCAAGGAUCGAAAGUCUUCGACGAUGCACUUUGCGGCGGCGGAGAUCCGAAUAUGGGUAUCUCGAGUACAGACCCCACGAUUGCGCAGUAUAACAUUCGCGCAGUGUUGUUGCCUGCUGAUGAUCGGUUCACGCCUGGUGAGCCGUAUCAUGUUGGCAACGCCACGCAUGGAGGUUUCGAUGCGAGACCCUCUGAUCAGAUUCAUUGCGGGAGCUUUGACGAUCAAAUCCAGCUGUAUUGCGAUGCUGAGGAUAAGUAUUGUUCGAAUGGAUCGAGCUUGAAGACUCAUAAUGGAUAUCAUGGAGUGUAUGGAGUGCAGGCUUUGGAAUUCGUCAAGGGGAAGUUGAAAGGUUGA